AUGGGCAAGGGAAGGAGCAUUGGGAAGGAGAAAGAAUGGAAAAUUGAAAAUAAAAAAAUAAAAAUUGAAAAAAGCAUGCUGCAGUUGCGCGGCCACAAGGUAUAUUCGAAGGCAUCUUCCUUUUUUUCAGAUUACCCGUGGGUCCCACCUCAGUGUAUUCCUUCCGGCUUCACUACGCCACGCGAUCGCAGCCUUGAGUAA